AUGUUUGCCUUCGACGAGCUGGACGAGCAGGAGGCGGCGGCUGUCGAGCGCGAUGCGGAGGCCUCCGGCUUCAUCGACUUCGACGCACUGGAUGCCGCAGAGCAGGAGCGGGACGGAGACCCGCAGCGCGCGCAGCACGCGCAGACGGACACGGAGAUCGCGCAGCGCUGCGCCUUCGAGCGCGAGCGGAGCAGCUUCGUCUGCCAGCGGCACACCCCGACAGGCCUCUUCUUCCGCCUCGCCCUGCCUCGCUCCCCGGCAGAGCUGCGGCAGCUUGGUGCCUCUUGGCUCACCCGCGCGCUGCGGCGGGCACGAACACUGCCGGAGGACGCGGUGGUCUCCGACAUUCUAGCAAUUCGGCCACUGUCCGCAGAAGGCGCUUGCCAGCUGAUGGAGGUGGUCUUCACGCCUCCUCGCGAUCCGCAGUUUUUGGUGGUGCACUUUUUUCAGGAUGGAUCCAGCCAGGCCAAGGGACUCGAAGGAAUCCUGCGCUCCAAACUGUGUGACACGAGUUUCGUCAGCGGCAUCAACUUCCUGCGCCUAUUGGAAUCCGAGCUGGAGGUUCCCCCACGAUUCUUCUUCGGGGAUGUCUGCGACGGUGGAGCCUCAGGCUUGCUCAUCACCGAGUGGUCGCGCGUGCCGUCCACAUUCACCUCCUUCAGCCCAGAGCCCGCCUGGGGCCUGCAGACCCAGCAGCAGUGCUACAUCAGACCGGAGGGACAUGCGAAGCUGUGUCUGACAGAAUUGGGCGGCUUUGCCUCGCCCUUCGCAGCAGCGCCGGCGCUACCCGGAGGAUCCGCGCUGACCGUCGAGACCCUGCAAGACUGGCAGGCCGCACAGGAUCAUCAGAAGUCAUGGACUCUGAUCAGCUGCGGCGGCGAAGCCCACGCGAGGCUCUGGCGGAUCCGGAGCCCCAGUGGGGCUUUCCUGGUGGCUCAGAGCAGUUCCAUCAUCGGGCUGUCUCCGCCAGCCAAGCCGGUGUCCGAAAGGGCGGAGCUGUGGACACUGAUGCCAGGUGCUUUCCCGGGAGACUUCUUCAUCCGCAGUUUCUAUGACAGCUUCCUCACCCACGCUGUCUCUUCGCGUCUCGUGACUCUGACCCUGAGCAGAGGGUCCAAGGCGAAGUGGACCAUUCAGACGCGAGCGGACUGGUUGGUAGGCGAAGUCUGGCGAUGCGCGCGGCCUCUCGAGAUCAGGAGUGAGGGCCUCCCACUGGAGACGAUGCAAGAGAUCAUGGUCGAUUUCGCUCGACUGGCAGGUCGCUCUGCACGUCGAGGAGUCAUCCUCGAGCCCCUAGAAGAGGAAUUCAGCCCAGCUGGCCGAACGCGGCAUGCAAAGGACCCCGUGGAGCUGCUGCAGCAGGUGGCAGCCAGCCAACUCCGGCGCCUGGAGAGGCAAGGCUUCGACUCACCCCGGGCGGCCUUAGGUUUUCAGGACAGCAACUUUCUGGACAAGGCCUCGGCUGCGCAAGAGUUCAUCACACGCCUGGCAGUCGGCAUCUUCCCACAAGGCACCAUCAACAAGCAGGCCAUGAAGGACUACCGCGCGACCUUGGUGACGGCGCGUAUCAACGGAUUUGGCAUCCGAAAUUUUCUGCAGCUUCAGACGAGCUACAACGCCAUCGGAUUGGAUUUCCUGGGCGUGGACAGCCUCUACCAGACCACCUACGAGGGACUGCCUCGGCUGGCCAUACAGGAGUGGGACACCGUGACAGGCGCUGGGGCCCAUUUCUCUGCCGAUAUCAGGCUGGCCACAUUGGCAGAUUUGUCCGACGCUGAGCCGCUGCUAUUUCUGCGGGGCAUGUUGGACUGGAAGCAGACGCCUGCGAAAGGUGGCGGAGAUUUGGCUCUUGUUGAUGUCGAGGAGCAGAGGCAAGGGCAAGAGUCUUCGAUGCGGGCGCGCUGGAUAAAGGAGCUGGCAUGCUUAGUGGAAAAAUGCGGUCUUCCGGCGGCUGGGCCCUUUGUCGGGCCUCAGCGGGAAUUGGCCAUGAAACGGCUCGGAAAAGGACGGCGUCCGGCGACUUUGCGCAAGCACGUGAGAACGUGGCAGCGCAUUUCCCGUUGGAUCUCGUGCGCCUUUGGUGUUUCAUGGCCAUCUGCAGAGCACUUCGUCGCUUACCUGCAUGUGCGGGCCGCUGAGCCUUGUGGUCGCACUGUGCAUGCAAGCUGCCUCAAAUCUUUGCUUUUUCUGGAAUCAGCGGGCGAGCUGUCGGAGGCUGACAAGGUCAGUCGUCAUCCGGCCAUUCGUAACAGCCUCGAGGAGCUGGCCCUUGAAUUGUCAGACAAGGAUCUGCGUGGCAAGCGGCAAGCGUGUCAGUUGCUGGUCACACAGGUCUGCGCCAUGGAACGUCUUGUGGUGAGUGGCAAGGGGCCUCGCAAGAAGCUGGAAGUGCUGUUCGCCUACGUGUCCAAGGAUGCUUGGCUUGUGGAAGCAGAUUGGCUCAGCUGCGGUUGGCCAAGCCGAGAUCUGGAGGGCUGCGUGGGAAAAAUGGCUCGCUACUGUCGCGCUGCGGCCAUGUCACAGGCUUUGUUCCAGUCACUGGAGAUUGCGCCGUGCAAAGCGGCGGAGUUAGCAGCCUGUCCCGAUUUCCUAGAUGAGGAGAGCAUUCUGUCCAAGGUAGCGCGGCGCCUUGACGACCUGGGCUUGGGCCAUUCUGCGCUGCAGCCGUUGUACAGCUUCGCGGUGGAUUCAGCAGAAACUGCGUCACUUACAGCCAGUGAGCAUUCUGAUGAGGAUAAGGGUGUGGAGGCUUUGGCGGCAGAGUCUGAGCCGGUUCUGCUCGAAGACACAGACGCGCAUCUGGGGCGGUUUUUCCUGAGCAUUGUUGGGUCUGCGAAGCGCAAGACUCUGCACAAAGGAGGUGCAUGCCAUCGCGUUCCCGGCGUGCGCUACCGCCGCUUUGUCGACUGCGGCACUGAGUACCCACGCCGCGAUGCCUAUGACCGUGUUUGUAGGGAUUGCUUCCCACGUGGUGUGGUUGCAGGAAACGACAGCAGCUCCGAUGAAGCCGAUGGUGGAAGUGAUUGUUGUCGCUUGGCCUUGCUUGUCUUUCUUGCUUUGCACUUGCGAUCAUGGCAGAGGAAGAGCUCGCAGAAGCGCGAGUUGGAGAUGAUCAAGUCGCUGGACCCAGACCUGGCGGGCCUCUUGCAAUGCAAAGAGGUCUCACUCAAGACGCAGGCGCUGUUGGCGUCCAAGAAAGUCGAAACCAUCAGUCGCUUAUCAGCAAUGGUGGACGACCGCAAGGCUGUGCAGGAGUUCUGCGCAAAGGCGCUGGGUUUGGCGCCAGACGCCCCCGAGAGCAUGGUGGAGGUGGCGUCUGUGGUGGACGCUUGGGAAUCAGCCUGUAUGCGUGUGGAGGCCAGGAAUAAAGCGGAGGCUGAGGCAGUGGUGGGCGGCCUUCCCAAGGUCGUUGCACGCACUGAGCUGGCCCAACUGAGGGAGCGAUUCGAGGCUUCCUUCUACAGCUUGCCGGACAAGUUGAUGCCAGCCAAUGCCACAUUGGAGCAGCAUUUUGAUAUGGUAGACAAUGGAGAGUUCCAGUAUCUUUCUCUGAAGGUGUACGCGUCCAGGGAAGAUGCGGCCCGGGAGCCUUUUGCGGCUUCCAUCGACAGGAGCACGGGCACGAUCAAAGUUCGCAAAGGCCAGGCAUUGCUCCGUCGCACUUACAAUUACGCCGACUUUCUUUUGGGCGACUUCGUUCUGGGUUUGCAAGCUCGGGAUGCAGCAGGUGCCGCAGUGUCUUCACCGGCUUUGCAGCAGAUGCUGGCCUACGAGUACCAACUGCGCAAAAGCAUGAUGAAGGGUUUGAACGAGGGCAAGAGUCUGGCGUCAGCCAUGGAGCAAUCUAUGGCCGAUUUGGUUCUCAAGGAGCGCUAUUUUUGUCACCCCCUGUGCUUUGAGUGCAGUCAGCCAGGCAAGCCGGCCAAAGUGCGUGAGCACUCCCGCCGUCGUGGGCGACAAGGCGGGCCUCAAAAGGGGCUCGGCAAAGGGAAAGGUAAGUCGCUGGGUCUUGCCAAAGUGUGGAAUAAGUUGAAGCGUGUUACGGAUGACGGGCAGCAGAUCUGCUUCAAGUUCAAGGGUCAGUGCGCGCCCGUGGUGGGCAGUGCCGCUGGCAGUGCACCGGCUGCGGCGGACGCUGCUGCGGCCGGCUACUGCGGUUCCGGCCGGCCCAUCCAGGCAUCUUACAAGGGCAGGUCACGUUCUAUCCAUGAUGGCGGUGGUUUGUGCUCUCCGGGGAGAUGGCCGAUUGCGUCACGCCGUUUCCCUCAGUCAGACAGUUUUGCCCGGGUCAGAGAGUGCGUUCGGCGCUCUUUCCUGGACUGGAUUGCUCUGCUGGAUUCGCAAGCCUCCUGCGCUGGGGGUGCGCAAGGAUUAUUUUGGCAGCUCGCAGCAGGCAGAUGUUCUUCGUCGCCUUUUGACGGGCGGCAUCUACGGCAAGCCAGACAGGAGUUGGAUGACGUUCUGCGUGAUUGUGGCGUGCAGCCAGAGCGUUGCAGUGGCGAUCGCAGAACUGAGGUGAACUUUCGUAGGCUGGCCGCGAUGCUGGAGGUGGCGGAGGACCCAGACUUUGAGUUCUUGCGCGAGUUUGCUUCUGUGGAUUCCACGUUGGGAGUUGAUGUGUUGAUGCCUCGCACACCGGCGGUCUUCGAGGAGAAGACGCGCUGGAAUCUGCCCGAGGCGGAAGGCUCUUUUGAGCCUACGUUCUGUGAGAAUUACAGAUCGGCGACAGAAAACAUGGAGGACGUUCGGCGUCAGGUGGCGGAGGGCUUGCAGCGCGGUGCGGUUGUGGCUUUGUCCAAAGAGGAGGCCUUGCGGAAGUAUGGCGGCCAGCUGGCUGUAGCGGCACUUAGUGCUGUUCCAAAGGAGGCGGGGUCGUCAGCUGUCCGCAUCAUCCACGAUGCCACGCAUCAUGUGGAAGUUAACCCUCGCAUUCGUGUCCGAGACAGACUUCGCUCGCCGAUGAUCGAUGACCUCGAGGGCGUUUUGCGGCAGCUUCGGGCGUUUUGCCUUGAUGACCCAGAAGUAAUCUACAUGCACACUGUCGGGACAUUUGGCUUGGCGUCAGCGGCGUAUCAUUGGCAGCGGCUCGCAGCAGCGGCUGUGCGCUUGGGGCACUAUCUGUGCGAGCUGGCCGCCGCGCUGUACCACUUGCUAUAUGCUGACGAUGGAUUGCUGCUUGCUUCAGGGAAGUGUUUUUGGUUGCAGAUCCUCUUUUGGCUUUACAUCUUCGAACUUCUGGAAUUCCCUUUGUCCUGGAAGAAAGUUGCUGGAGGGACGUCCUUAUGCUGGAUUGGCUACAAGCUCGACGUUGCAAAGUAUGAGAAGGGCAUUGGCCCGAGCAAGGUGGCGUGGCUCUGCGAGUGGGUUGCUGGGAGGCUGCAGGAAGGUUGCGUGCAGGGCCGCGUCAUGAAGAGCGUGUUGGGGCGGCUCUCUUUUGUGGCGGGAGCGCUGCCACAUGUCCGGCCAUUCCUGGGCCCCUUGUAUGCCUGGGUAGCUCAUCUGCCUCAGGGGCUUGUCGCAUUGCCUUUGUCGGUUUGCUUAUUGCUUGAGUUCAUCAAGAGGGAGGUGGAGCGCGGGCCGAUGACUAUGCCCCGACCUUUGCUGGAGCACGCGCAAGACAUUUUCAGGGUCGAUGCAAAGGCGGAGGGUGACAAGGUGAGCCUUUUCGCGCAAUCGCGGGCCCUGGAGCUCAUCGCCACACUGGUGGCGGUUUGCGUUUUCGGGCCUAGCGCAGUGUGGCGUCAGAGCACAGCAAUAGCGGUCGUUGCCGGCUUGACGGACAACGCUGGGUCGGUUCUGUCAUUGUCUUGGGUGCCGCGAGAGCAGAAUGUCCCCGCGGACGCGCUGACCAACGAGGACUUCAAUGGUUUCGAUCCGCGCAAGCGGGUGAGUGUUGACGUCACAGAGCUUGGCUUCAAGAUUUUGCCCAGGUUGAUGGACGCAGCGACGCAUCUCGACGGUGAGAUUCGCUUGGUCAAAGAACAGAAGCGGAGUCAGCGCUGUGUAGCAUCAGCCGGGCAAGCCAAGUCUUGCAAGAUCUUGUCGCAAUCCUUGGAGAAGCUCUUGGAAAUCUUCAUCACCACCUUGGUAGAAUCAGGAGGCCCGCAGUUGAACAAGGAGGUGCUGCUCUGGCAUGUGCUCCUGGCGGCCGCCCUGCAGUCCGUGGACUUGCUGGACGCCGUGCCGCUGCUGCUGGAGAAGAUCCCUCGAGAAAGCUGGCCGAGCAUCAAGUCGCUGGCAGAUCCAAGGCUACACGAAGGCCGCGCGGGCGAGUUGUGGCUCACGGCCAAGGCUUUCGUGCACGUGGCCAUCGUUACUCAGCGUUACGACCUGGUCGCCAAGCUGGAGAUGGGCGCUCCCGAAAUCUUCGCCACGAACAUGCUGGUUCAGAACAACCGGCGAGGAGGCAACAAACAUCUGACGGCUGUGUUUGUGGUGCCCGGCGAUGGCCGCGAGCUUCGCGCGGCGGCCUCGGUCACCUCGGAGCUGCUGAUGAUUCUGCCCCCUGAGACGCCGGGCUGCGCAAUGCUGGCAGUCGACGAGCAGGAGAUGCUGAAAACCGGUGGUGCGCAAGGCUGGGCACAGAUGGCAUUGCCCGUGCCGGGCUUCGUGGAGCUUGCAGCUUUACAGCUCUGCGCAUGGGAGGACCUCCCAAAGGCUAACGACAUGGUGCAGCCGGCGUUUGAACUGUUGAGCCUGAUGUAUCACACGAGGCGCCAGUACACGGGCAGCAACGGCCCCCUUUUCAUGGACGAGAUCUCGGCGAAGAAGCUCCACGACGCAGCUGCCCUGCAGGCAGAAGAUGUUUUCUAA